AUGGUGUGGGUUCGUUUUCCUGGUUUAGGUUUAGAAUUCUGGAAUGAAAAAAUUCUAUUUACAAUCUGUAAAGAAUUUGGUACUCCAAUUAAGAUUGAUAAUGCUACUGCAAAGUGUGAAGUGGGUUAUUAUGCAAAUGUUUUGGUUGAAGUAGAUUUUGCAAAGCACAUACCUCAUAAAGUAUGGAUUGGAACUAAAUAUGGAGGUUUUUUUCAAGAUGUUCUGAUUCCUAAUUGUCAUAAAUUCUGUUCAUCCUGUAAAAUUGUUGGUCACUCAAAUGCUGAAUGUAGAGUGGAGAAGUAUAAAGGGGUAAAUGAGCAGCAAGAAACAUCUAGGACUCAAACAAAAACAAUGGAAGAUAAGAGUAAUACAAAAGAGAAGUUUAACCCAGUACCUUUUUAUAUAUGUGACUUUACACCUAAAGGGGAUUCAGUUGUAGAUUCUACUCAACAUAAUGUUUCAUCAAGCAUCUCAAGUGGUGAAGUUUUGUUACAGCAAAGCAAAUUUAGUCCUCUAGACAUCGAAUAA